AUGGGACUGCAGGUGCGGCGCUGCAGAAGCGGCUCUGAGACUGCAGAUGCAUCCAGAUGCGGAGCCGCAGAAGCGGCCUGUCCAUCGCAGGAGUGGAAUUCGAGUGUUCCUUCAGUUUCCGCUGAAGCGGUAAGGAAUCUGCAUAAGCGGCAGCCGCAGGUGCGGUUUAAGACCGCAGUAGCGGAACUCUUGGCUUUAAUGAAAAACCGCAGAAGCGCAUGUGUAUCAAAGGCAUGCGUAGACGGCCUAGAUGGGGGCUCCGAGCUACGGUCUUGCAGGCGAAGUCCUGAAACGGAUGGAGUAGAUGAUGAAGAUGGCUGCGAUCCCUAUGACUGUGACAUAGCUGGAUGCGAUCCAUGUGGCUGUGAUACAUAUGGUUGUGACCCAUAUGGCUGUGAUAUGGAUGGUUGCGAUCCAUGUAGCUGUGAUGAAGAUGGCUGCGAUUCAAGUGGAUGUGAGGCAGCUGGACUGUAUGAAGGACCUCAGUAUAGCUGUGUGGUGAAGGAUAAGACAUAUGCAUCUGUGAAGAGGCUGGAACUGAAGGAGUAG